GCUCGAGUCCAUUUGUUUACAGAGGAAGAAAGGCUCGAAACGAUAAGUGAGGGUGUUUCAGGGGGGGUGUUGAGUUGUAACAAAAUGGUUCAAGAGAGACCAACAAUGCUGGUGGCUGUGGACGAUAGUGCGCACAGUGAGUACGCCUUGGAAUGGACCCUUGAUCACUUCUUCACUUCUUUUGGCUCCAACCGUCCUUUCCAGCUCGUUGUCAUCCAUGCCCGACCCCUUCCCUCUUCUGUUAUUGGACUUACCGGACCUGCAUCUGCGGAGGUUGUACCGAUCAUGAAGGUUGGCAUAAAGAAGACAGCCACCAUGGUCAAGGAGAAAGUGAAGGAGAUAUGCAGGAAUAAAUCGUUGAGUGAUGUGAGAGUGGAAGUAGUGGAAGGUGAUCCAAGAAAUGUGGUGUGUGAAGCUGUAGAGAAAUACCAUGCAGCAAUCUUGGUACUGGGAAGCCAUGGAUACGGAACUGUGAGAAGGGCCAUUUUGAGCAGUGUUAGUGACUACUGUGCUCACCAUGCUCACUGUUCUGCAAUGAUUGUGAAGAAGCCUAAGCAAGAGAACUGAA